AUGAAACGAAAGCAAACAGACGAAUCUUCCCAAUCCGAAUCUAAAAAAGCAAAAUCAACAACACACGAUCACUCCUCAUGGUUCAAUAGUGCUGUGUUGUUAAAUGUCUACUCCUUUCUCACCUUCAGAGAAGUUUUAACAUUCCGAUUGGUCAACCAAUCAAUCAACAAGGAAUUACGAAUUUCUUCCGAAUCUAUUGAAUCCAAUGAUAAUGAAUUAUUCUUUUUGAAUAGAUUAUCCAAAAUGAAUGCAAAAGUAAAGGAUGAAUCUUGUGAUUUUUUGCAAGGUUGUCUGCUGAAAGUUAAUGCAGAAAUUAGAAAUUGCAUGGUCCUUGAUGAUAGAAUAUCCUAUUUUCAAUAUCUAUUAGAAAAUGAUACCAAUUUUAACGUACUCUGCAUGAAUAAGACUUAUUCCAAUUUAUUUAAGAGUGGAAUUGUUUCGUUCAAUUCAUAUGUGGGUGGAGUUUUUUCACAAACUCAGGGAGGAAGAUCAGAAUUGAAAAUUUUAAAGAAAUCAAAAGAGUUUAUGAUCUUUACUCAACAUUAUGUUUAUGGACCAAAUACUAGAGUGGAUAAUUUGGAGAGAAGUUAUGAUUUGAAAGUGAGAGAUUCAAAUUUUCAAGAGAAGAAUCUUAUUUGGUAUUUGAAUUAUUACUAUACUUGGGAAGAUGAACCAAUGGGCAGUGGUAAAAUUGACAUUAAGCAAUUAACAAUGUUAUGA